AACAUAAAAGUAUACUGAAAACAAUUCAAAAAAAUACCCCUUCCCAUUUUCCUCUCCUUCUACUCUCAUUCAUCGUUCUCUCUCUCCCUCUCCCACCGGCCCUCACUCUCACGAACACCGACCUUGGGUCUUCAAUGGAGUAGCAGUAGCUUCGACUGAGACCCACCCAAGACCGGACGCUAUCUAAAUGCUCUCCUUCCUUUCUCCUUCCUAUUCAGAUUCUUCCUCCGCGGCUUCUCUCACUCACUUGCCUCGCCUACAGAGUCACAGAGGUACUCUUCUAUCUUCUUCUUCUUUUCCUUUUCAAAUUAAUCAUCUUCAUGCUAAAAUCCUCUUCUCAACGUUUCUCGUCAACCUCUUCAUCUUUUUCUCAGUCCCAUUUCCGUUUCCUGACAUUUUUUUCUCGUUCGUUCUCCGUUGCCCACCAUAAUAUUCAGAGCUAUCUCCAACUACAACCACCUUAUAAUGGCACUCAUAAUGAACUUAUUGAAUUCUUUGAUUACAUUCUCGGACGAUGCAUUACAACCCAACAAUGCAAACAAGUUCAUGCUAAAGUGGUUCUCACUGGCGGGCACUGGUCCGGGUUCUUGGCCGCUCGGCUUGUCUCGGUCUAUUCCCGUUUGGGACUCGUUAAGGAUUCCCGGAAAGUUUUUGACAACUGCCCAGUUGAGACCAGUAGCUCAAACAUGCUUUUGUGGAAUUCAAUCGUGAGAGCUAAUGUCAGUAAUGGGUUAUUUAUCGAAGCACUUGAACUGUAUGACAAAAUGCUCAAGUUUGGAGUUUGGGCUGAUGGUUUUACUUUUCCUUUGGUUAUUAGGGCUUGCGCGUUUAUUGGUGACCUGUUUUUGUGCAAGAGAAUUCAUUGUCGUGUGUUGCUGAUGGGUUUUAAUAAUCAUCUUCAUGUGGUGAAUGAGUUGCUGGGAAUGUAUGGGAAGCUCGGCCAAAUGAAAAAUGCAUCUCAUAUGUUUGAUGGCAUGGCUAUUAGAAGCUAUGUUUCUUGGAACUAUAUGAUUUCGGGUUAUGCCUUUAACCGUGACUAUGAUGGUGCUAUUAAGAUGUUUCGCAGGAUGGAGUUGGAAGGUUUCGAGCCGAAUUCUAUUACUUGGACAUCAUUGUUGUCGAGUCAUGCUCGAUGUGGGAAACAUGAAGAAACCAUAGAGUUGUUUGGUCUGAUGAGGUCGAAGGGACUUGGGGCAACUGCUGAAACUCUUGCUGUAGUGUUAUCUGUAUGUGCUGAUUUGGCUGCGGUUAACACGGGGAAGAUGAUCCAUGGUUAUGUCAUAAAAGGUGGUUUUGAAGACUACUUGUUUGCCAAAAAUGCCUUAAUUUGUUUGUAUGGGAAAUGCGGAGAUGUCGAACAUGCACAAAAGUCAUUUUUGGAGAUGAAAACCAAGAACAUAGUGAGUCGGAAUGCUUUGAUAUCGUCUUAUGCUGAAUCUGGGUUAUGUGAUGAAGCUUUUGAAAUUUUUAUUCAGUUGGAGAAAUCAAAUGGUUAUCCUCUGGUGAGGCCUAAUAUCAUAAGUUGGAGCGCUGUUAUUGGUGGUUUUGCUGCUAAGGGGCGAGGAGAAGAAUCUCUGGAACUCUUUCGGAGAAUGCAGCUAACGACAGUAAGGGCCAAUAGUGUGACAGUCUGUAGCAUUUUAUCUGUCUGCGCUGAGUUAGCUGCUCUAAAUCUUGGAAGGGAAAUUCAUGGCAAUGUUAUUAGAGCUAUGAUGGAUGAUAACAUUCUGGUAGGAAACGGAUUGAUCAACAUGUACACAAAAUGUGGAAAUUUCAAAGAAGGGCAGCUAAUAUUUGAGAAUUUAGAUACAAAGGACUUGAUUUCAUGGAAUUCCAUGAUCACCGGUUAUGGAAUUCAAGGGAUUGGUCAGAAGGCUCUGAGCAUUUUUGAUCAGAUGAUUAAAUCCGGAUUCAAGCCAGAUAAUGUCACCUUUGUGUCUAUCCUUUCUGCUUGUAGUCACGCAGGGCUCAUCAACGAGGGCCGUUCUCUUUUCAAUCAGAUGAGUGGAGUUUAUGGAAUAGAACCCCAGAUGGAGCACUAUUCUUGCAUGGUGGAUCUUCUUGGCCGCGCUGGGCUACUUCAAGAAGCAAGCAACAUUAUUAAAAACAUGCCAAUGAAACCAAAUGCUUGUGUCUGGAGUGCUCUUUUGAACUCUUGUAGAAUGUACAAGAACAUAUCCAUCACAGAGGAAACUGCAGACCACAUUUUCCAUCAGAUCAACUUGGAAUCGACAGGGAGCUACAUGCUGCUGUCAAAUAUUUAUGCUGCAAGUGGGAAAUGGGAGGAAUCUGCUAAAGUGAGGAUCUCAGCGAAGACAAAGGGUUUGAAGAAAAUUCCUGGGCAAAGUUGGAUUGAGGUGAAGAAGAAGGUUUAUAUGUUCUCAGCAGGGAAUGCAGGGCAAGUAAAUUCGAAGUUAGUAUAUGGACUCCUUCGUGACUUGGCGUUUCAUAUGGAAAGUGAGGGAUAUAUACCCAAUGGAAGCAUUAAUAUCCAAAAUCUUGUUGGUGUUGAAAUGAAUGUGAUUGUUGAGGUGCAGUGAGAGGCUAGGAAGUACCAACUUCUUUCCCUUUUAAAAGAGUUAUCAAUGCCUGAGGAAUCUAAGUUUUGGAAUGCUAAUUUUUGUCAUCUGUACAAACUAACAUGUUAUUCAUUUGUACUUUAUUGUUCUCAAAAUAUGGAAUGGACCCAGCUGUUUACAAAGAGAUCAUUUAUGAAAGAUACUAUCAUACUAUCAUUGAAUAUA